CCCACACACACACACACGCACACUCUGCUGAGAGCUAGCAAGGGGCUUUAAACAGCUUCACACAUAACCGAGACAAAGGGACUGUAACCUGCCACAAUGGAAGAAAACAUGGAUGAAUCGCAAAGCCAGAAAGGCUGUAAGGAGUGCUGCGAGCGAUGUGUGGGCAGCCUGCCCUGGGCCUCGCUCAUCGCCACCAUCCUCCUCUACAUGGGCGUGGCCUUGUUCUGUGGGUGUGGCCACGAGGCUUUGAGCGGCACCGUCACCAUCCUCCAGAACUACUUUGAAGUCAUCAGAGCCCCAGGAGAUACUCUGGAUGUGUUCACCAUCAUCGACAUCCUGAAGUACAUCAUUUAUGGCCUUGCAGCUGGAUUCUUUGUGUUUGGAGUGCUGCUGCUGGUGGAGGGCUUUUUCACCACUGGAGCCAUCCGCGAUCUCUACGGAGAGUUCAAGAUCACUGCCUGCGGACGCUGCCUUACUGCAUUCCUGAUGUUCCUGGCCUACCUGUUCUUCCUGGUGUGGCUGGGGGUGACAGCAUUCACCAGCCUGCCGGUCUUCAUGUACUUCAACGUUUGGUCCAUGUGUCAGAACACCAGCUCGGUGGAGGGAACCAACCUCUGCCUGGACCUGCGUCAGUUUGGAGCGGUGACCAUCUCCGAGGAGAGGAAGUUGUGCACACAGUCCGAGAAGUUCGUCAAGAUGUGCGAAUCCAACGAGCUGGACUUGACCUUCCAUCUGUUCGUGUGCGCACUAGCAGGAGCAGGAGCCGCUGUCAUCGCCAUGGUGCACUUCCUGAUGGCUCUAGCAGCUAACUGGGGCUACCUGAAGGAUGCCAGUCGGAUGCAGAAGUAUGAGGACAUCAAGUCGAAGGAGGAGCAGGAGCUGCACGACAUCCACUCUACACGCUCCAAAGAACGUCUCAAUGCCUACACAUAAACACGCCGCCACGAGGAACGACACACACACACUUACCUGUCAGACACACACGCACACACGGGUGAAAAAGGUUCAUUCAAACAAAUUUACAGACACGAGUAGGCAGAAAUUAGAGGAUAAGAAACCCAUGAGAUCACCGACGCCCUCGUCAUCCUCAGCUCUGCACUCGAUCGUUGCUGCUCUGCUCCAAGCUUAACACGAUAAAUCGUCCAGAUUCACCGAACCUAAACUCGUCAGACAUUUUAGUCUGAAGGUUUCUGAAUGUGAUGGUGUGAGUUUUCAGGCCUUUCAGAGUAAAAUGCUGCACAAACAAAAGUUCUCUCUGCAUAACACAAACCAGCGUAAUGAGGAAAUGCCCAAAAUCACCGCGGACGAACCCAAAGAACGAGAAUUAUUUCAAUCUGAUCGCCUAAAGACUCCGAACAACAACAACUUACAGCAGAGCAUGAAUGAGGACGGCGUCCAUGAGCUCAUCAUCAACCUGCACACACACACACACACACACACACACUGAGACAUGUAGAUGUGACUGAAUGGUCGGUGUUGUUUGGUGGUGUCAUGCUGUGUUGUGUCGUUUCGCCACGCUAUGAUGAUGGUGUCACAGAGAAAUAAGGUCCCCGAGGAAAUUUGUGCCUCCCGGGUACAAAUGGGUAGCUUUGCCAACUCCCCCCCACCCCCUCCUUUCUCCCUGACCUCUGACCUCUUCACGUUGAGCCCAGUUUCAUUAGUUGUUUCGUAGUUUCUUGUUGCGUUCGCUGACCCAUGUGGUCGUUUGCAGCGGUGGGGGGUGGGGUAGGGUUUUGGAAACAAAAAGCACUGGAUUGGUUAACAUCCAGCAGGUGGUUGGAGACCCGCCUGAGGUUAGCGUUGAGCUCGAGCUUUGGUUAUAAGGUUUUCAACCCUAACCACCGGCCGAUCACGAUGACCUGCAGGAGCGAUUUUACCCGAUGCGUUAAUUACGAAGCGCCGAUGAUCGCAGAAAAAUCGAUGUCAUGAACACGACCAAAUUCUCUUAAUGCGUCUCUAUUUCUGCGUAUCUUUAUUAUUAUUAUUAUUAUUCUGAGGCUGACAGCACGUACGGUGGCAGCGGGGGUGCAGCUAGUGAAACGGGGCUCCUUCCUCCUCCCCCUCUUCGUCCCCUGAUUGUACAAACUUGUGAUUCGUCCUCAGAAACAGCACAUCUUAGCAGCACAAAGUCUUUUAGUCAUCAUCUCAUCCGUCUGUUACGUAACGUUUUCUCACUUUUCAGGGAUUUUGCCACAUUUUUAUUCAGAUUCUUUCUGUGUGAUUUUAGCACCGGGGUAUUUAAACGGGGCCGGGGUCGGGUGGGGGGUCUGUCACAUUACCAUGUGAUGAUUCAGUAUUUCAGCGAUCCUGCACACACACACACACACACACACACACACACACACACACACACACACACACACACACACACACGAGCAUAUACACCAAUCAUCUUGAGCGAUUCGUUGUUCUCAUGCUUCCUGUUUUGCGUUCUUUGGUGACACCCUGAUGCGACCAAACAUUAUUUGUAAGUUGAAUCAGAAAAAUCAGUGACACCAAUCGCAGGCUGACGGCGGCGGAGGAUCUGCAGGAAUUCUGGGUAGUGUUUGUGCGUUGGCAGGGGUGGAGGUGGUUCCUCAGAGGUGGAGGUGGUGGUGUCUGAAACAGAUUGUAGGGCUGAGAAAGAGGAAUGGCAUUCCAGCGAAUAAGCUAAUGGUUCAGGGCUGCUCUCCUGUCCUGUAACGUUCUCCUCGGGUUGCUGGGUUAUUCUGGAACAGCGGAGCUUCCCAGUUCUUCACAGUCGCAGUUCUCCAUGCGAGGUUUUAUCAGCAGAUAAAAAUGCAGUCAACACAUUUAAUAAGCUCGACGUCCUUCUAAUGCAGUGAUCCAAACGCAGCGCGGUGGUUCGGUCUUUGUUCUGUGUUCAGCGAGAGAAGAAGAAGAAGAAGCGUGCAAGUGAGGAUGGUGAUGAUUCUCUAUCUGCCAGUAGAGAUGACUGAGAGCGAGAUGAAGAUGAUGACAUGAUGGUUUGAUUUGAUGAGACUACCAGCACACACACACAUACAGACACACACACACACACACACACUCCACCACCGCCAUCACUCUGAGCCAUAACUCUUUACUUUUCACGAUGACAUUUCACUAUUUUAUUAUCAACUUUUAAUCUUUGAAACUUUUUAAAUGUGAAAUCAUUUAAUUAGAAAAAAGAAAUGUGUUUUUUUCUCUUUUCUUUUCGCGUGUGGGCGGUGCUAAAGCGCUGCACCGACGUUAACUCUGUAUAAAGAUAUACAUAUAUGUGAAACAGUCGAGGUGAGCAGCCGGGAGGAGGAUUUCCUAUGGGUUACAGAGUCCGGAGGGGGCGGCGGUUCAGUCCCAAUGUCCUGAUCCUCUGCUCCCCGCACACAGCUGCACUUACACCCCGACGCUCCCGAGCCGGCUGGAUUUCACAGCCGGAGUAAAAGGUUUAAAUCGGCGCCUCGGCUCUAACAAAAUCCGUUACUGUGGCCACGACGACCAAAGUCCAGAUUAGCUGGCUUCACACGUUGGUCGUCCUGAUUCAUUGUGACUCUCUAAACAGUUAUUUUGAAUGAUUCAAUGAUGGGUCGCCAUCUGCCUCAGCCAAUCAACGCGUGGAAAACGUUGGUUACCGCCAGCUUUGUGGCUCGACCUCCUGCUCGUGUUUGCUGUUAGAUAUUUACGGGUGUAAAUAUCUAAAUAAAUACUUUAAAACGAUGAAAGAUAAAGUGGUGCUCGCUGACCUUUCAACUUAAUGCUAAAAAACUAAUUUCACUUAUUUAAAAAAUGUGUGUUAGCUGAUUGGGUUAAACUCAGUUAAAAGCUUUGAUGUUAGACAGCACAGAUGCUGAUUGGCUGAAGCACUCACGGGCCUCGGGACAAGGACGCCAUCCAAUCAGGAGGUGUUGGGAGCGUUUCCAGGGACUAACAGAAGAAAUAAAGGCCAGUUAGCGUCUGUGCGUCGAAGCCGUGCUCGUUGCUUCGCAUCGUGUAACUGCAGCUGACCAAAGUAGAAAAACCACCACGGUGUCAACGAGGGGCGCCUCCGCCGGACUCGCGUCCUGUUCAGGUGUGUCCCGGCUGCACACAGUCAGUAUUUUUAAGGGUCUAGUUUUACAGUAACAGUAUUCUAUCAUUUCAUUGCCUGACAAUGGAUGUCUUGUCAGUGUUUUUAACCUCAGAUAAAAGAAAAAAUAGUUUUUUGUGCACUUAUUGACCAUCGUGAGCUCUCUCUCUUAUUCUUGGUGUGUAAGUGCAUUGAGAUCCCCACUGUGGGACCUGUGUAUAGUCUUGCAGCAUUGGUUAUAACCUGAAGAAAUAACAAUGAUGAAAACGAAUGAAUUCAUAAUAAUGAAGAUAAUCUUAUACUACAUAAAAAAGACAGUGACUCUAGUUGUUGUUUGUGGCAUGGUUAUGCAUUCAAUGGUCAUAAUUUUAAAGAUUAAAACAAGACAAAAAAAAGUCAUUCUUUUCCACUGGCGCUGUUCUGCUGUUUUUAUUUUCCACUUUUCCGUGUGCAGUAUUGCCGUUCCUGUUGCUAAUGGUGUUGCUAAGCUAGCUUGCUUGCUCAGUUGUUUACCACCAGAGCAAUAUAUUGUAGCAGUUUGACAAAAUCGAGACGUUAAAAACAACAAGUCCAUUCUCUUCAAUUUACGGCAUACAAGUGCAUGAAUUUAUGAUUGCAAGUCUUCAGUGAUAUGAUUAUGGUGUUCUGUAUUGUUUAUCCUAAUAAAGCGGAUUUGCAGAUGUGGUGUAAUGUAUUGCUCUGGCCACCCGUUUCCCCGCACCCACCUCUGCUCACGUCCUCCUCCACGUCGUCCUCGCAAACACGCCGGCUCAGACGCUUUCAGAGCCCACGUGAUGGAUUCCAGACAAAUGAUCGGAAACGCAGAAUUCAGACUGCAUCCAGUGCUGCUGGAUGUGGAGGACCAUAACAGCCAUCAUUUCAAAAAGGACACGAAUAAAUUAACGGACACGUCUUUAUUGCAAAAAUAAUAGUUAUACAAAAUAGGGUUUCUUAGCUGAAUUGUUUUUGGAAUUAUUUUGUCAUCUAUUUACUUUAUUUCCCCUUUUGUUUCUUUGUGUUUUUCCUCUUUCUGUGUUUCUGCUUCAUUAUGCAAACGAGACCCAGAGAGCUGAUUCUGCUCACCUGGGUGUUAUCUGUGGUCACCAUCCAGGUGACCAAACGCACCGCUGAAUCGUCUCUGGGUCAGCGACGGUGUGCCGACUCCUCCUGGUCGCUGAACCAGGGUCGGUCUCUGCAAGGCAAACAAAUCAGUCGUGUUAAACUUGGCGUGCGUUCGGAUGCAAACUCAAAUGUUAGUUUAUGCAAAACUGUUGGAAAUGCUUAAUGAUCUGAAUGAUGGCAGUUUUGGUCCUCCACAGUCUGAAGGUGAAGAAGCCAGACUGUCGGCUUCUCCCGGCUGCUGUAUGAGAGUCGUGCUGUGAAUGUGGCACAGAACAGAUUUGGCCCAAAUGAAAGCGAAACACCUGAGACAGGUGACCCGAGAGGCUCAGCCCACUGUUGUAGUCGGGUGGAGGAGGAUGUGAGCAGCUCGCUCUCCAUUCGUUCAAGUCUCCUCAUCUUACUGUCUAACCCACAUGUAAAGACGAACACGUGUGAUGACACGUACUGAUCCUGCGUCCUCUCUGUCUGCCCGCUGACCGCGGCUGAACCAUUCCAGGAUCCCGAGCGCGGGAUCAGAAACCCGAGCGCGUCGGCGCGAUCGAGCAUGAAUUUCAAUGACAUGACGUCUGAGUUCCAACCCGCUGUGAGGAGGUUUGCCGUGUUCCCACAACUCUGAAUCACAGGGGGGGAGAUCAGACCCUCUGUGCCUGAUAACUUCAGCUCUUGUCCAUCGUGAACUGAGCCGCAGAUCUAAAAGCUGAUGAUGUCAGUCCGUGACCUUCCACUGAUCAUCACGUGUUUCAGAUUCAUGCAUUAUGUGAGGUUGGACAUCUUGGACGUUGGAGGUAGUUUUUUUCUGUUUCUCUAUAGUAUGCUAGACUUUUUGUACUUCACUCUGGUUGCUUAGUAGCAGGCUUUAUCUGAUUCACUCCUCCAUCUUUGUACAUAUCUGUGCCAACAGCUUGGGCAGACAGUGGCUUUUUUAUUUGUAAAGACAUAAACUUGCUUGCAUAUAUAAAUAAAAUGAAAUAAUACACUUGUGUACUUGUUAAUA